AUGUCGUUGGUAGAAAUUAAGGACGCUGGCGGUAAAACCAUCAAAUACAUCGAACAUCAUGGUUUUAACUUUGUUACUAGGAAUGUUGAAAGUGUCAAGAAUUAUGAGAAUUUUAAGCUGAGGGAAAGUGAUACAUUGAUUUGUGCCUAUUGUAAAUCUGGAACUCAUUGGAUAUGGGAAAUAUGUCGAAUGUUACUGGCCGGAACAACUGAUUUGAAAAUCAUUGACAAGGAGACUCAGAUGAUAGAAAUAUCAGACCACAAAGAUCUAGAGAACCAGCCAUCUCCAAGACUCGUGAAUACUCAUGCUAGCUACGAUCUUCUGCCAAAUGAUUUCUGGAGAUACAAAAAUAAGAUUGUAUAUUUAAGACGAAAUCCUAAAGAUGUGGCUGUAUCGUUCUACAACCAUAUCAGAAACGUAAAGACUGUGUUUGAUUAUGACGGAGAGUGGAAGGAUUACCUUAAGUUAUUUAUAGAUGGUAAAGUUAUUAAUGGUUCAUGGUUUAAGUAUGUACUGCAAUGGGAAAGAGUAAUAGAGAAUUCAACUGAUGUAGAGAUUCUAGAUGUUACAUUUGAGGAUUUUAAACGGAAUCCUUUGCAAGAAAUCCAUCGACUCUGUAAGUUUUUUGAUUUAUCGUUAACUGAUGAAUUUAUUAGAGAAGUUAAAGACCAUUGUGAGUUUAAAAAGCUAAAAGGAAGAAAGGGGCAUUUGGUUACUACGCCCGAUGGACAAUCGUCUCUCUAUCGGAAAGGUGAGGUGGGAGAUUGGAAAAACUGGUUUACAGUGGCACAAAAUGAACUUUUUGAUAGCAUAUACAAGAAAAGAAUGGUAGGAUCCAAACUAGAGUUUAGAUAUGAAUAG